CUUGCCGGCGCGCGUCGCCCGAGGUCGGAAAAGUGGGCGUGGUGCGCACUCUGAUCGGACCGGAUACACAAAGCGUUGCCAGCGCGCACGCGUCUCAGUCUCCGCGCGCGCGAUAGUGUGUAAGGUGCGUAGUACGUGUUGCAGCGCGUGUACCGCCGCCGCCGCCGCCCCGGCCAGACAGCCGCAGCACAACAGGUGUGGCGCAGAACGGGUGCCAUCAUGGCGGACCACCUGCUAAUCGCUCUCUCGGAGAUGGUCGGAUCGCUUCCCGUCGUCGGAGGAGCCGUCGUCGUUAUCGCCGGCCUCGCCGUAGUGCUAGCGACGAGAAUGCGUUCGGCAGCGACACCGGUGAGUGGCGACGACGAACAAGGAGGCGACGCCGACAGCAGCGGUCGCCGCGCGGCGUCGCCGGGCGAGGCGAACAACAACAUACAGACGCAGACGGCGGUACCCGUGCAGCAGCGCACGACGCAGACGCAGGCGAGCGUCACGAAAACGUCGACACGACGCACGCAGACGACGUGCGAGCGCGCCGAAAGGCGCACGCAGACGCCGCCGUUAGAGGAAGUGCUGCCGACGCCAGCAGCGUCACCGUCACAGAUGCCGACGCCUGCAGCGUCACCGUCACAGAUGCCGACGCCUGCAGCGUCACCGUCAGAAGUACCGACGCCUGUAGCGGCAGCAGUACCGACGCCUGUGGCGGUGCCGUUGCUCACAGCAGUGCAGGAUGAUCAACAGGUAAGAGGACCAGCCGAGAAACAGGCCGAGAAACGGGCGGUCGUGUUAAGCGAUAGCGGCGUACAGACUGACAAGCAAGAACCUAUCAUCCUUCCGAUGAUCAUUCGCGUUCCGGACGCACCUAUCACGGCCGCAGCCGACGUCGGCGGCGGGCAGGUUUCCCCGCAGCUAGAGAGUGAUGAGCCACUCCUUCAAUCAGCAGCAUCCAGGCCCCAGCUGUCAAGCAGCGCGAGUCGAGAUCUGGGCCAACCAGCUGAGCGGUCACCGCCAGCAGCAGCAGCAGCAGCGCCGUCCGGCAAUGCGAACUCGACGCAGACACAGGUUCGCGAACUUGAGGAAUCAUCGACGCAAACCGCGCUCGGGUACGUGCCGGACGCCCGCGGCCACAGCGCCGUGACACAGACAAACGACGGCUACGUCGUCACUCGUCAUCUCGUGUCGCUAACCGGCCAGCAAGACGACGACGACGACGAGCGUGACGACACGACGGAGAUUGAGGAGGGCUCUCCGCCGCUGCCGCGAGCCGCGCAGGCCCCGAUGCAGGGAUCACAGCCACGUGCGCCGCCACGUGCUGCAGAUGCCGUACAAGCUGACGAGGUGGCAACAGCGAGCAGCAGCAGCAGCGCACAGCCGCCCUACGAACACGCGGUAACACGUGAGCGCGGCACUGAUGCAAUCGCGGCUCCCGCCAUGCGCAGCGUAUCCGUCGGAGCGGAUGCUGAGGAAGAGAGCAGCGUGCCAGAUGAAGCGGAUAGCCGCCGGGAUAUGAAGCCAGCAGCUACUGCCGCAGACACAGCGGCGGACGUGGCGGACAAGAGCACGCAGUGGCAGCCGAUAUGUCUGCCGAUAAACGCGUCGACGCAGUGCCGCGCGAAACGCCAGGGCGUCGUGCGGAACAAAGCGACGCAGUGGGAUCCCUACUUCAACCGCUUCUCCCAGACGGACUUCGGAGUGCAGGUGACUCCGCGCUCGGCGAGCCGCGGCGUGCAGUUCUCUCCGCUGAUGCGCAACGCGGGCACGAUGACCGUAUGGCCGCCGCCGAAACCGCGCUCGAAGAAGAAGAAGAAGCCAGCGAUCGAACAGGCGGCGGAGCAGAAGGAGGAGCAACAUGUCCAGCAGGCGUCCCCGUCUGGGCAAGAGCAAGCGCAGCCUGUUUCACCAGGUAUCGAACCUGGUGCAGCCGAUCAACAGCAGCAGCAGCAGCAGCAGCAGGAGGCUGAAUCGCAGGCUUCCGACAGAGAACACUGGGAUGAGCAACCGCCGGAGAAAUACUACGAGCAUGUGCCUGACGCACCUCCGUCGCAGCUGCCGUACUACGGGCCGUACCGUGAGUCCCCAGCGCCGGAGCAGCCGUGCAGGCCCGUGGAUGCAAGCGAGAGGUCUACGCCCUUCACGAUGAUGCAGGACUUGACGUCGCCCGUGGGGGAAGCGUCGCGACCGGACUGGGCGACGCACGAUGGUGGUCAGCCAAGGUCUAGCGACUCGUCGACAGCCUUCGUCACCCUAGUCACAAACGAUGCAUAUGGAGUAGGUGCUCUGGUGCUGGGUCACUCGCUACGCUUCACGCAGUCACGUCAGAGAGUAGUUCUUGUCACUGACGGCGUUUCCGGAGAAAUGAGGCGUCUUCUGAACGAGGUGUACGACGACGUGCGGGAGGUGUCACUCAUGGACAGCAAGGACGAGGAGAAGCUGGCGAUGAUGAAGAGACCGGAGUUGGGGGUGACCUUGACGAAGCUGCGCGCCUGGAACGUCCUCGACGACUUUCGAAGAUGUGUCUUUCUCGAUGCUGAUACUAUGGUGCUCAUGAAUAUUGAAGAGUUGUUUGAGGAGACCGCGGAACUGUCGGCAGCGCCAGACUACGGCUGGCCGGAUCUAUUCAACACGGGCAUGUUUGUGUUCAGCCCUAGCAAGGAAACCUACGGAAAGCUGCUGCAGAUGGCCACCACCGACGGCAGUUUCGAUGGUGGCGACCAAGGCUUGCUCAAUCAGUAUUUCAAAAACUGGAAUAGGCUGUCCUGCCUUUACAAUGCUCAACCCAGCACCAUAUACACCUACGGGCCAGCUUAUGACAGGUUCGGUGGCAAUAUAAAAAUUGUGCAUUUCCUCGGAGCGUGGAAGCCCUGGAUGAUCGGGAUAGAUCCAGAAACGAGGCGCGUGACAGGAAUGCCACCUUACGACAACCCACAGAUUCGAACGUGGCUGGCGCUGUUCCAAGACCGUGUCCUACCCAAGCUCAGCUCGUCCGUGAUUAGAAAAUUGGCCCCGGGGUAUGUAGACGUGGGAGAGGAGAAUGAACCUAGUCGGGACAGCGAGAAGGAUUUGGAACAGCAACAGCAGAGGUGGGAGUUGGGCAACCCUGACUACACCGGGGAGGAUAGUUUUGAGAACAUUCUUGCCCAUCUGCACCUGACGACCGACUGCACUCUGGCUACGCCACGUCCGAGACCCAAAAAGGUGCAGCGAGUCAUGGUUAGGCCUAAGUUCCACGGCGUGGAUGGCUCGUCCACGGUGCCGUACACAGAGGAAGGUACCUGGCACAACGCGCCGCUGCCACGGCUAGAGGCAGACAUCGAUAAGGUGGCGCCACACAAUGGUUCCGAGUCUGGCAGUUCUGAGUCGGCGAGUGGAACAGACACUGAGGACGACGACGAAGCGCAAGACUUUGAAUCUUGGAUGAAUGAGCGGCACAGCGCUAGGCCAGUGGCAGUGGGACGCAUCGCAUCAAAGCCCUCACCGUGUCGCAUGUGCAAGCAUGUGGAGACCGCCCCCAGAGAACAACCCCAGGUUGCUAGCACGGGCAGAUCAGCGGCAGUAUCGCAAGGUGCGAGGGCAGCGGCUGCAAAGGGGAGCGAGGAAAAGAGGAAAUCGAAGAAGAAAAUCGACGGAGCCGGUACGUGCGACAGAAACAGGAACAACAACAAUAGCAACAGCGGCAACGUCUCGCGGACGCGGUUCGCGGGUGAGCGGCAAUGCUACGCAUCCACCAGCAGUCGAUCGAAUGUCCAGCAGUCAGUCGCCAGCUUCGUCACACCGCGAACCCACGCGAUCUUGACCGAAGAGGAAACCACACGAAUGGAGAGCUGGGAGUCCGGAGCACCUGACAUCGGUGGUGUGGAUAAGUUUGACAGCAUACUAACGCACGUCUUAAGCAAGGUCAAUGGAGACAAGAAGCAGAAUGAAGGCGGUAGCCGGCGUAAAGAGAAAAGAGCUGGCAGGAAGCAUCGAAAGAAAACACUUUGAUCGUACGAUAAGAUAAGUAAUUCGCAUGGAAAACGACAGAGAAACGGUGGCAAGAAAAUAUUGAAGCAGCGGGCAGCGAAAAAAAGGUCCAUCUACAAUCACAGGACAUAACAACACCAGUAAACCAUAUGUUAGAUGAUAAUUCCUAGACGGUAGUGCUAAAAUCAACUCUAGGAAGGCAAUAGUAAUCUUCUUUCGGCUUGACAGCUACUAGCAGGAAUAUAUAUAUAUAUAUGUUUGUGUUUGUUUGUGCGUGUGUGUGUAUAUUCCUGUUAUAUACGGUGGAAAAUUCACUGAGGAUCUUUCGGUACUCAGGGGCUCUAGCGUUAUAGUACGAUUUAUAAAAAUUGAACAAAUGAUUUAAGAAUGCAACUACUUCUGAGGCUAACAGUUAUGUAACGAAUUAGUAGGGACAGUAAUGUCGGCAAUACUUUGGGAAACCUCAGAAAUUGAUCAGCUCAGCUUUACUAUGUUUAACGAUCGAUGCAUUUAAUUGCAAGCUGCUGUAGAGACAUGCUAUAAAUAGCAUAGACUAACGAUAUCACCAGAGAAUUUACUCGGUAUUCUUCUCUACGUUGUUUACUAAUACUUACUGUGGCUAGGCCAUACUAGGUGUGUGAUAAUGAUAGAACAAGCACAGUAUAUAAGAUCGCUUGCAUUCUGUUGAGAACCAUAGUUAGUGAAAUGAUAUGUAGUGUUGGUUUGUGAUGAGAGUAGAAAGAGAUAAAGAUCUAGAGUUUAGAACGGAAGGUAACUGUUUCAGUGAGCGCGUAGAGUAUUCCGCAAUUUAUGACUGCCAAUAUUACGGCCGAUAAUCGGUUAAGGAAUAAAUUCGUUAUUGUUAAUUAGUUAUAGCUUGAAAAGACGAUUACGCGUUGAUAU